AUGGUAUUCCUCAUGAACAUGCACCAACAUGAAGCUGGGAGAGUCCUCAAUGGAGAUCGGAAAUUGAUGGAGAAUGAGUACCUUUUGUUAGGUUCACUUUCUGGUCCUUCAACAAACCCGGCUCCCAAUCCUCCAACUCAUAUUCCUGGACCUAAGAAGGCUAAGGUUUCCACCAUUAACCAAAAGAACUUUGCAGGCCACACCCAACCUCCACCUCGUCAUCCACCUUCAGGGCCAUUGAUGGAGAAUGAGUACCUUUUGUUAGGUUCACUUUCUGGUCCUUCAACAAACCCGGCUCCCAAUCCUCCAAGUCAUAUUCCUGGACCUAAGAAGGCUAAGGUUUCCACCAUUAACCAAAAGAACUUUGCAGGCCACACCCAACCUCCUCCUCGUCAUCCACCUUCAGGGCCAUUGAUGGAGAAUGAGUACCUUUUGUUAGGUUCACUUUCUGGUCCUUCAACAAACCCGGCUCCCAAUCCUCCAACUCAUAUUCCGAAGAAGGCUAAGGUUUCCACCAUUAACCAAAAGAACUUUGCAGGCCACACCCAACCUCCUCCUCGUCAUCCACCUUCAGGGCCAUUGAUGGAGAAUGAGUACCUUUUGUUAGGUUCACUUUCUGGUCCUUCAACAAACCCGGCUCCCAAUCCUUCAACUCAUAUUCCUGUACCUAAGAAGGCUAAGGUUUCCACCAUUAACCAAAAGAACUUUGCAGGCCACACCCAACCUCCUCCUCGUCAUCCACCUUCAGGGCCAUUGAUGGAGAAUGAGAACCUUUUGUUGGGGUCACUGGCUCGUAAUCGUCCUACUACCCCUUCUCCCAAUCCUCCCACUUUGAUUCCUUCACCAGGCAAGGCUAAGGCUUCUACCAUUAACCAGAAGAACUUUGCAGGCCACAACCAACUUCCUCCUCCUUCUCCUCCGCGCCCAUUUUCCACUACCAAGCAGCUCCUGUUUGUCAUGGCUAUUGGUCGUAAAUAA